GAUCAGUGUGGGUCUCCCACCAAUCACGAGAAUGGGGGUCCCAUACCCCCUGUAGCCCCCCCAGAAAUGAACAGAGUUUCUGUGGGAGUUCCAGAAAUAGUACAACGCUCACCUAUCUCAAGAAUUACCAUAGAAAUAAAUAGAGAGGCCGCACACAUGCCCGGCCCUCUGCUCUACAGAUAAAGAUGCAUCAGAACCACAGAAGAGACGCGCUUCAGGGUAGUGACGACUACUUCACCUUCUGGCUUCAUCAGGGGUUGAAUCUGCAUUCUAAGGACUGAAUGAAGUUUGGUCUGAGCGGUGUAGCCGUAGUUUACAGUAACGAGCAUCUUUCUUUAACAGCCCAAGUUAAAGGGGUGUUCCCAUUUAUCUACAGUAUAUUCUACAAAUGUCUGAUAAGGGCGUGUCAUUUUUGAAGAACAGGGACCCAUUGUGACUGGCUGGGAAAGGAGAGCUGAGGUGUCUCCCUCUCUCCAUUCACUUACAAAACACUUCAGAAACUAGCCGAGCAGUGACGCAUGCACUGCCAUCGCUCCAUUUCUGGCCAGGUGACAUUCUUUAGAUAUGAGUGAGUCGUCGUUGUGGGUGCUGAAUCUGUUAGCCAUUUAUGGCAUAUCCUGUGUACAUUGUUUUAUCUUCUUUCCGUUCAGGUUCGUACAUUGUAGGAUCCUCUCAGUGGAUAUCUUCUACGUGACAUCAUUUUUCUGGAUGGACAGUGACAGGGACAAGAUGGCGGAGAGAAUAUUAAAUCUCAUCCUGGAGAUCCUCUUCCACCUUACCGGAGAGGAAUACACAGUGGUGAAGAAGACCUCUAGUGAGCGCCGUCAGGCCCCUGUGUCUGGAGGAUUGGGAGGAACCGCGAUUCCAAUCACGGGACCUCCAAUUCACCGCCUGAUAUAUGAGGAGAUCAAUGAGGAGAAGAUCCUAGAGCUCACCCACAAGAUGAUUGAGCUUCUGACUAGAGAGGUUCCUAUAAGGUGUCAGGACGUCACAGUCUAUUUCUCCAUGGAGGAGUGGGAGUAUAUAGAAAGACACAAGGAUCUCUACAAGGACAUCAUGAUGGAGAAUCACCGGCCCCUCACAUCACCAGCGAGAUCCAGUAAGAGAACAGCACCGGGGAGAUGUCCUAGUCCACAGGAUGGUUCAGAAGAAUAUAACAAUGUCCCACGGGAUCAUCAGCUUUUGGAUCAGGGUAAUCGGAAGCAGAGUAAUGCUGCGGCCAUAAUGAAAGAAGAGGAGACCUAUGUGAGGGGUGAUGAGCAGUGCAACGGAAACCUUCCUAAAGACAACCGCCCAGAUGAUUGUACCAGGAGCUCAGAAGGACAUCAGAUAUCUUUGGAUUCUAAAGCAGAUAAUCCUGGUAUCAUACUAGAUACAUAUGAAGAGUACACCAUUAUCCCCGAUAUACCCUUAGCCUUAUUGGGUGUUGAAAAUCAAAGAGCAGAUGAGAAGCCAUUUUCAUGUUCACAAUGUGGAAAAUGUUUUAGCCACAAAUCAGAUCUUGUUAAACACCAGAGAAUUCACACGGGGGAGAAGCCUUUUUCAUGUUCAGAAUGUGGGAAGUGCUUUACCCAGAGACCACAUCUUAUUAAACAUCAGAGAAUUCACACCGGGGAGAAGCCAUUUUCGUGUGCUGAAUGUGGAAAAUGUUUUAACCAGAAAUCCGAUCUCAUUCCACAUGGGAGAAUUCACACUGGGACGAAGCCAUUUCAGUGUUCAGAAUGUGGGAAAUGUUUCACAAUUAAAGCAAAUCUUGUUAAACAUAAGAGAAGACACACCGGGGUGAAGCCCUUUUCAUGUUUUCAAUGUGGUAAAUGUUUUACAGAUAAAUCAAAUCUUGUCAAACAUGAAAUACGUCACACGGGGGCGAAGCCGUUUUCAUGUACAGACUGCAGGAAAUAUUUUACCCAGAAAUCACACCUUGUUACACAUCGGAGAAUUCACACAGGAGAGAAACCAUUUUCAUGCUCCGAUUGUGGCAAAUGUUUUAUUCGGAAAGCAAACCUUGUUGAGCAUCUGAGAAGUCACACAGGGGAGAAGCCGUAUUCAUGUUCUGGAUGUGGGAAAGGCUUUCCGAAAAAAUCUGAUCUUGUUAAACAUCAGAGAAUUCACACAAGGGAUAAGCCCUGGAAAAGCAAGUCUUCUUGAUGUCAUAAACAUGAAAAACACAAGGCCAACGCCAUAGUCAUUUUCUGAAUCCUGCUUUAAUUACACAGAAUAUACCUGUAGGAGAACGGCUGUAAUAUACUUACUAUUCUGAAGUUGCAUGGAUCGGCUUCCGAGUACUUGUAAUUACACUACGGCGCUGCUGCAAAGGGAGAUGAUGCAUAGUGUGAUGAAGAGAACCUUAGGGGUGUCUGAUGUUGGACCCCUGUCGAUCAAAUAUUGAUGACCUAACCUUAAAACCCCUUUAAGGUUGCUUUGUGGUUCCUGUUGUGUUCUGGAAAACCCCUUUAAAGGAACACUCUUAGAAAAGCAGAUACAUUCGGAACAGGGGUGGAUUGGCCAUAAACCUUACAGGGAAAUUUCCUGGUAGGCCGAUGCCCAGGGGGCCACCUGAGCCCUCCUCACAGCCUGCCAGUGGAAG